UUUCGCACAAAAUACCAACUCAGAAAAUUCAAUCAGAAGCUUGACCAUAAAUGUAAAGAUGGAAAAAUGUUAUAAAACAAGAGGAAAAGAACAAGGCGUCCUUCCUAGGCCAAUGCCUUCAGUGGAAAUGUCACGAUCCAACCAAGAUACAGGAAGACUAGACUUUCUUGGAAGGCAUGCACGAUCAAAAUUUUUAUUGUGA